CUAGCUGCCCCGGCAGUGAACGAAACGUAUUUGUGUGUUAUUUCCACACAUUCCGUGGUUAUUUUUGCACUAGUUUUCAAUUUACGCUUUGUGUUAGACGGAUAAGACUUUGCAAUUUAUGUUUGCUACGUUUGUUAUUGCGGCUGACUUAGCAGCAGGAAGUUAGCGUUAGCUUAGCAACUUUAGCUGUGUAUGCUGGCUAAGAGAAAUGGACCACUACAGAUCCCGCAGUCCCAACUCCAGCUACCACAGCCGGCCGUCAGCGUAUGAAAGAGAAAGAGGCGACAGAGGAAGGAGUCACUGUGAGAAUCAACGCUUCAGACCGAACAGCCAGCGCCAGCAUCAGUCUGGUUCGGCUGCAGAGCAAAACCCGCUGAACUCUCGGGCUUUGAGCACCAGGAGGGAGCUUUACGAAAGAGACUUUCCUGUGUACAAACAGCCGGUGGAAGUGGGGAGUUUCUCCCUCGACUCUGAGCGCAGAUUCUUCAAUGACGGCAGACAGAUGAGAUACUAUGUGGAACCCGAGAGAAAUCCUAACUUUGACCUGAGGGACGGAUACAAGGACCGUUUUAUAAAGAGAGACGACAGCGUGAAGGAAAAGCUGGACCACAUUCUCCAGUGGGUCAUAGCCAACAGAUCAAAGCUGAACUCAAGGACGACUUCAGCUUCAUCCUGCGCUCUAGACGUGGACUUUGUGACGUGGCGAGGACAUCUGACCAAGCUGCUGACCACCCCCUACGAGACCAGAGAGGGCUGGAUGCUGGCGGCCACCAAGUUCAGAGGCACAAUCUACAUCAGCGAGGUGGAAACGGAAGCCGCUCGGAGGGAACGGGAGAACCGAACCGAGAGGCACGAAGAGAUGAUGUACUGGGGAUACAAGUUCGAGCAGUACACCUGUGCAGAUAACGUCCACGGUGCUCCGGACCCCGGCGGGGUGGUGAACACCAACGAGGCCUUCUGCACCGUGGUUCAGACUCGACUCGCCGAUCACAGACUUCUGUUCUCCGGCGAGGUGGACUGCCGGGAUAAAGAUCCCAGCGCUCCGGCUCCUCCUGCCUGCUACGUGGAGCUGAAGACCUCCGCAGAGAUCUGCACGCCCAAACAGCGCAGCAACUUCCACAGGUUCAAGCUGCUGAAGUGGUGGGCUCAGUCCUUCCUCCCCGGAGUCCCUCGUGUUGUGGCAGGUUUCCGGAAUCAUGAAGGAGUCGUCGUUUCCGUGGAGACGUUUCACAUCUCUAAGAUCUCACAGCUCAUCAAGAAUGAAUACAAUUGCUGGAGGCCGACGGUUUGCAUGAACUUCUGCUGCGAUUUCCUGACUUUUGUGAAACGCACGGUGACUGAAGACAGCCCCAGCGUGGUCUACCUGUUCUCCUGGGAGCCACACAGGGAUGUGACCUUCUCCAUCCACAGGGAUUCCCAGUUUUCAUUCCUGCCUCGCUGGUACGUUGAGGAGAUGACCAGGAGACCAGACUCACAACACCAGUCCUGAUUUACGACAACAGCUUCAUCAUUUUUACCUAAACACUGACAUUUAGCGCGUCGAUAACCAGUCACCGAGGAGACGUUUGUAGUUGAUCGGCUGCACUGAAGCGCGUUUUAUCAGACUUUAAAUAAAACAAUCACUGCAAUGUUGUUCCUCAGACUUUAUUGUUCCCUAGUUAUAACAAUAAUUUAAAUCCCAAAACAGUGUUACUGCAACUUAAACAAAAUUAGAAAAGAAAACGUUAAAAAAAGUGAAGAUGACAGUAUUUUAAUGUAAACAUGUGGAGUGAAUAAGUGAUUAAUACCCACAGUUUGACUUUUUUUUGUCACGUGUCGCUACUUUUGCUGCUGUUUAACAUACAGUGACAUAUUUACCAGCUGAAAUCUGUCAUUUCUACCUCGAUCAGUGCUACAGAGACACAAUUACAGGUGAGCUGAGUUUCAAUAGCAGCAAAAGGAGCGAAUCCAACGUCAGCGAGGUCGAAGGCAGCGUCGACGUCCAUUUAACGAAACAGAGACAAUUCACGGUGAUAUAAAUAAUGGAAGACUCCUAUGUGACAGAACGUGUGUGUAUACUGGCAGAACUCUGUGUAAAUCAACAGUCAUCACAUAAUUUCAUGGUAUAAAUUUAGAGGCACUUAGUACCUACAGCAGUAAGUCCAACAAACUCUUAAUGCAAGUUAAUUCUCAAAGGGAUUCUAUUCAUUUUAGACAUAAUACAACUGUUAAAAUCUUUCUGAAAAGGAGACUUUGUCAUUCCCCUGCUCGCUUCUUCACUGCUAGUUUGUGUGUAAUAAUGACACCUUAAGUAAGAACAUAAAAACAGUAAUUUUAGAAAUUUAAAGUAAAACAAAAGUGCACAUGAAGGAUGGUCUGGUGUCUGAGAUUAAGGCGACGCUCAAAUAUUGGUCUCAAAAACUGCAUAAUCCUGUUAAUAAAGUAAAAGUUUGACAUUUUGUGAAAGACGACACUUCGGAGUUUUUUUCAGUAACUACACACUUCAGUGAGUGUGUUUCAAAGAAAUUCGUCCUCGAUGCAGAAAAAACUCUGCACUUUCAAUUCUACUGUAAAAUACUGACGUGAAGAUCAAAAACAAUCUCACCUGUAGCAGUUAAAUACAGAACCACUGCUAAAUUAGCAUAGCACAGAGGCUAAAGCUAAACUUAACGCAGCUAAAUCUGCCCAGCAGCAUCUUUAAAGCUUAAUAACAACAUGUUUAAUCCUGAGCUAGCUAAACUAAAGAAGCUGCGUGUUAUUUACUGAGCUCUGGAUGGCAGAUUUAGUUUAAUCAAGACGGUUGAGCUCCCGUUUCUAGUCUUCUUUAUGCUAACCUGGCUACUUUGUGAACAUGACAACUGUAAAAAUCUUUUACCCUUUGAUGCAUAACAUGGGUCAAAAGUGACCCAUAUUUAAUGGAAAAUGGGUAUCUUUUGACCCAUGUUGUGCAUCAAAGAGUUAAGAGAGCAAAUGACCGUUUUUAUCAAAAUGUCAAACUUUUGCUUUAACACUUUGAUCCUUUUGCCCAAAUAAUUUUAAAACCUGUUUGCUAAAUUUAACACCAAGACAUCAGCUGCAGGCAGGUUUUUCCAGCAAGUGGAACUGAAAAAGAACAUUCGUUUUGCCUCUCAGAUGAGCAUUUCAGGAUUGGUGCCACUUUACUGCUGCAUCCGACAAACUUCUGACAGGAAAAUAAAACUUACUGAAAGCAGGAGAUUCCCAGUGGAGGAAACCUGCACACACACACACACACACACACACACACACACACACACACACACACACACACACACACA